AUGUUCCCCAGCCCUGCACUCACGCCCACGCCGUUCUCGGUCAAAGACAUCCUGAACCUGGAGCAGCAGCAGCGCAGCCUGGCCGCCGGGGAGCUCUCCGCGCGCCUGGAGGCCACCCUGGCGCCCGCCUCCUGCAUGCUGGCCGCCUUCAAGCCCGAGGCCUACUCCCGGCCGGAGGCGGCGCCUGGCCUCCCAGAGCUGCGCGCCGAGCUGGGUCCCGCGUCUUCGCCCCCCAAGUGCCCGCCUGCUUUUCCCGCCGGCCCCACCUUCUAUCCGCGAGCCUACGGCGACCCCGACCCGGCCAAGGACCCUCGAGCGGAUAAGAAAGAGCUGUGCGCGCUGCAGAAGGUGGUGGAGCUGGAGAAGCCGGAGGCGGACAGCGCGGAGCGUCCCCGGGCGCGACGACGGAGGAAGCCACGCGUGCUCUUCUCGCAGGCGCAGGUCUAUGAGUUGGAGCGCCGCUUCAAGCAACAGCGGUACUUGUCCGCUCCGGAGCGCGACCAGCUGGCCAGCGUGCUGAAGCUCACGUCCACGCAGGUCAAAAUCUGGUUCCAGAACCGGCGCUACAAGUGCAAGCGGCAACGACAGGACCAGACUCUGGAGCUGGUGGGGCUGCCCCCGCCUCCGCCGCCGCCUGCCCGCAGGAUCGCGGUGCCGGUGCUGGUGCGCGACGGCAAGCCGUGCCUAGGGGACUCGGCACCCUACGCACCUGCCUAUGGCGUGGGCCUCAACGCCUAUGGUUAUAACGCCUACCCCGCCUACCCCGGCUACGGUGGUGCGGCCUGCAGCCCCGGCUACAGCUGCGCCGCGGCUUACCCCGCUGCAUCUCCCGCGGCGCAACCCGCUUCGGCUGCAGCCAAUAGCAACUUCGUGAGCUUUGGCGUCGGGGACUUGAACGCUGUGCAGAGCCCCGGGGUUCCGCAGGGUAACUCGGGAGUGUCCACCCUGCACGGUAUCCGAGCCUGGUAG